AUGGCCAGGCCCCACCCAGCCUAUGCCAGGGAGUCGGUCAUCCCGCUCCAUGAGGGCCAAGCGUACAAUCGCUCCGAUUCUCAUCACUUCUGCUACACCAACACGCACAUCCCACAAUGGCACGACAUAUGGACCAGGAUGCAGAUCCGGGUCAACAGCAGCAGGAUGAUCCGAGUCACCCAGGUGGACAGCGAGGAGGAGCUAGAGGAGUUCAACAUGUGGAACGUCAUUUUCUCCUUCCUAAAGGAGAAGCUCAACGACACCAGCAUCUACGUGGAUCUCUACAGCAACAAAACCUGCCUGAAGGUUGAGCUGCUGGAGGCUAACACCACGUACUGCAUCGUCCUCUUCCGACGCUUUGACCCUAAACUGUUCCUGGUUUUCUUUCUGGGCCUGUUGUUGUUCUUCUGUGGGGACAUGCUGAGCAGAAGCCAACUCUUCUACUACUCAGCUGGGAUUAGUUUUGGCUUGCUGGCCUCGCUGCUCAUCCUUGUCUACAUGAUGUCCAAGGUCAUGCCCAAGAAAAAUCCUGUUUAUUUCCUGCUGGUAGGAGGCUGGUCGUUUUCCCUGUACCUGCUUCAGCUGAUCUUCAAGAACCUACGGGAGAUCUGCAAGUCCUACUGGCAGUACCUCCUAGGCUACCUGCUGCUCGUGGGCUUCGUGAGCUUCGGCGUGUGCUACAGGUAUGGCCCGCUGGAGAACGAGCGCAGCAUCAACCUUCUCUCCUGGGCCCUGCAGCUCCUGGGCUUGCUGCUGAUGUACUCAGGCAUCCAGAUCCAUCCCAUUGCCUUGGCCUUGGUGGUCAUCGCUGUCUGCACCAAGAACCUGGACUACCCCAUGCAGUGGGUCUUCGCUGCCUACAGGAGAGUACAGAGUGCCAGGCUCGGGCCGAGCCCACCUCGCCUGCUGACAGAGGAGGAGUACCGGGUCCAGGGUGAGGUGGAGACGCGCAAGGCCCUCGAGGAGCUUCGAAGCUACUGCAGAAGCCCAGAUUUCUCUGCCUGGACUGCAGUCUCCCGCAUCCAGUCUCCCAAGAGGUUUGCUGACUUUGUGGGUGGCGCCUGUCAUGUCACCCCCAACGAGGUCUCUGUCCAUGAGCAGGAGUACGGCCUGGGCGGCAUCUUCCUUGAGGACCAGCUCUUUGAGGAGGAGGAGGAUGACGACUCCUUUAACAGGAGUCACAUGAGUUACUUCCACAACCACCUGGAUGCUGAUUGAGGUGCCUGUGAGGGUGAUGUGCACGAGAGGAACUUUGGACCUGUCCCACCAGUACCUGCGUGCUCAGCAUCUGCCUGCUGCCAGGCUGCUGUGGGGAGGGAGCGGGCAGCAGGUGACCUGCUCCUCCUCUUCCUGCUGUUACCAAAGAUGCCAGAGGGCUCCAGAUGGUUGGGCUGUGCCUCUGCCUUGGCUUAAGUCCCGUGUGGAUACCAAAAACCCCAGCGCCUCCCUGGCGGAGACGCAGCUUGGCUGGCCCAUCCGUGUGCAUGUUGCAGAGCUCGGGAGAAGGCAGGCUUGAAGUCUGCUUAGUGCCCCAGGGGCUUCCCCCGCUCCCCCCGGCUGCUGUGAUGUGGUGGAGGCCACACUCAGCCUCCCUCUCCCUGCGCCUCUGCCAGGCAGUCUCUGGGCUGAGGAUGAGUGUGGAUGUGCUUCCUCCUCCCUGGCAGUUAGGCGCUGGCAGCUCCCUGUCCCCUUGAAGCUGGUGUCCUGCUGUAACAUGGGACCCAUCCCCACCGUGUUCCUCUUCUGGCUGGUGCGGGCAGGGGAUGGCCCUGCCUGUGUUCCCACUCCCCGUGCUGGGGAGGGGGCUCUGCUCCCUGGCAGCCAGCUCAGCACCACAGGUCCUUGGCCUUGUCGAAGCACAAAGCUGGAAGGAACGCCCCAAUCUAUGCAACUUUCUAAGCAAUAAAGCUGCCCUCCGGCAGCCUUCUUGCCCCGUGGCUGCUCUGCUGCCCAGGGCCUGGGCUCCCGCAGCCCGGCCUGUACCUCCCCUGUGUCACUGCCGGAGCUUUUGCUGUUAGUUUGUUUCUGUCCCAGGUUUACUCCCCUGCCCUUGCUGCGCUUUCCUCCCUGCUCUAGUGCAAGCAGCCUCUGUUACUGUGUCCCUCUGUCCCCUCUGUGGUUAACGACUGAUUAUAUUUUU